AUGAAUUCUUCGGAGUCGCUGGGAUCGUCAGACCACACUGUGUUUAUGGCUUUGGUCCCUGUGCUGGUUCAAUGCUUCGGCUUGAUUAUUCUUGGAUUCGUGGCAGGACAGUUUAAGCUUCUAACCGGAGCACAAGUAAAGGGUUUGGGUGUUUACGUGACAACGUUUGCAUUGCCGGCAAUUUUCUUCACCGUUAUGGUUACGAUCGACUUUUCAGAUGUUGACUGGAAUGUUGUUCUCGCCGUGUCUCUCGGUAAAUUAGCUAUCUUCCUUUUCUCCAUGGGAAUUGUUCUCGUAAUUUCUCGAGGCAGGUCCAUUGGGUUGGCAGGAAUUUUGGCAAUUUUCACCUCUCAAUCAAACGAUGUUGCCCUAGCCUAUCCAGUGCUCAGACUUCUGUACCCGGAUCUAGCAUCCUACAUCUACCUCUUUGCACCGGCUCAACUGGUCAUUUUGAAUCCUUUUGCCUACUUUGCAUUGGAAUGGCAUAGAACACAGGAGAAAGCAGCGGUCCAUUCGGUGUUCCGACACGUGAUCUCGAAUCCGCUCUUUUUCAUGACAGCUAUCGGGGUGUUUUUCAAUUUUCUUCUCAAGCACAAACUACCCAGCAUAGUGGAGGGUUUUUUCAAGGAUUUGGGGGCGUCGUUUAGUGCCACAGCCCUGUUCUACCUCGGUUUCAGCAUGGUUGGAAAGUUGAGCGCCAUUGACCGUCGUGGAGUCUACACGCUUGUCUUCAUUCUGAUAGGCAAGGUGCUCAUCUCGCCUUUCAUAACCCGCGAAAUCGCGGUUCUCCUGUUGGCCCAUCAGCCUCUCAAUUCGUCGGUCCCGAAGUCGAGUUUUGCCUUCCUCUACGCAGCAGCUCCGACCGCCCCUCCCGUCUUCCUCUUCUCUGCCAAAUUUGGCAUAAUUCCUGAAGUGGUGCGUGUCCCUUCCGCAAGUGCACUCUCAGUUCAUGCAUGCACCGCUGCAGACACUCGUUCUGCCUCUUGA